AUGCUCUUUGAUAGUAAAGCUGACCCUUGUCCAGAAUUUUGCAAGAACAUUCGCCAAUAUAAUGCAGCACAUGCGUUUACAUCAUUAGGUGCAAAAAUUGAUGUAAACAUUCUGCAAGGGCAUAAUUCAUAUAGCUUUGGCAUUCACAGAGAGCUGCGCCACCUUUUGGGAGCUCUAUUACCAAAUGCAGAUCAAGAAGCUACUUAUGCUCAACUUUAUAUAUAUGACCCCGAUGCACAUAAAAUUCUUCUUCAAGCCCAUGAAGAUGGUACUGAUGAAGAUGUAGCAAUCUAUCUCCACCACAAAAACAUGACAGAUAAGCAUCACUAUAAUCUCCCUAUGAUAAACAAGACGAUGUGUGAUAUUAUCAUUCAAUUGUGUAAAGAUUUACUUGAACGUAUUCAUGAAAGGCAUCCAGCAUAUUUGCCACUGCAUUAUGUGCUUCUUUUCUCACAUAAUAAACUUGGAUGGCAUAAAGGAUUGUGUCAUGUAUUGACAGAUACUGAGGAACAGCAACUUGAUAAUCAGAACAAGCAUUCUCGCCUUACACAAAUGAACUUCUAUUCUUUUCAUAUCUUUCCACGCAAAACUGAAUUCUCAACAAUCCUUCAAGGUGAAAAGUUACUCCAUGAGUUCAUGGUUGAUACAUGGGCAGCAACAGAGCAAAAUUAG